AGGCGGCGGGGUCGCCCCGUGUCGGGCCGUGCUGGCGGCGAGGCGCGGGAUGCUGAAGCUGGCCGCGGUGCUGCUGCUGGCGGCCGCCGUGGCGCUGCUGCUGGACUGGUACGCGCCGGCUGCGUCUUCGGCGCCGGCGGGUGUGCGGCGGCAGCGGGCCCCGCGGCCUGCACCCGGGGCGGAAGCCGCCAACCUGCUGUGGGCGGUGCAGGUGUCAGAUAUCCAUAUAAGCAGCUUUCAGGAUCCCACGCGAGCUUCUGACUUGGAAAAAUUCUGCUCUGAAACAAUUGAUAUAAUUAAACCAGCAUUUGUUCUUGCAACAGGUGACUUGACAGAUGCUAAGACAAGAGAUAAAUUGGGAUCUGAGCAGGUAGAAGAAGAGUGGAAAAUUUACCAGUCAGUCCUGAAGCAAUCAAGGGUCAGGGAAAAAACGAAGUGGAUAGACAUCAAAGGAAACCAUGAUUCAUUCAACAUUCCACGCCUGGAUAGCAUUCAGAAUUACUACAGGAAGUACUCUGCCUGGCAGAAAGAUGGCUCUUUCCAUUAUGUCCACACCACCUCAUUUGGGAGCUAUUCAUUCAUCUGUGUGGAUGCAACACUCAGCCCCGGCCCAAAGAGACCCUAUAAUUUCUUUGGGAUUUUAAAUACGAAUCAAAUGCAAGAGCUCUCUGUGAUGGCCACAGAAAGUCUCCACAGCAAUCAUACUGUCUGGUUUGGCCAUUAUCCCACCUCAACAAUCAUAUCCCCAGCCCCAGGGAUACGAGCGUUAAUGAGUUCUGCCACAGCUUAUUUAUGUGGGCAUCUCCAUACAAUGGGUGGACUGAUGCCAGCACUGUAUAGCCAACACCGCGGUGGCACUCUGGAACUGGAAUUAGGAGACUGGAAGGAUAAUAGAAAGUACCGGAUCCUUGCAUUUGAUCAUGACCUCCUUAGUUUUGUGGAUCUCACCUUUGAAGAAUGGCCAGCAGUUCUCAUCACCAAUCCCAAAUCCUCCCUUUACAGCAGUUCUUUCCAUGAACCGCUAGUGAAAAUUCUUUAUUCCACUCACAUCAGAAUUCUGGCCUUCUCCCCUGCUGCCAUUACUUCUGUCGCAGUCUACAUAGACGGAGUUCACUUGGGGAAUGCUCAUCAGGCAUCUGGCCCUCUCUAUGUGCUAAAGUGGAGCCCAAAGAACUAUAGUGAAGGGGCCCAUCAAAUAGAUGUGACCGUCCAGGAUGCUGCUGGAAGAAUUAUCACACAGAGCCAUAUAUUUUCUAUGGAAGAAAACCGUCCUCUUAGAUUUGGCUUUUGGCCAUCUGUUAUUCUUCUUACCGAUCACUAUGUUCUAGCUCGUACACUCUUUGGACUGAUUGUGCUGAUUCAGGUUGCAUUGCUGGUUGUUUUCAGAUACCUCCAAAAACCAGCACUCAAAGAAAAGCCAGGACUGCUGGGUCUGACCUCGUUUUCCCUUCAUGUCUUCAGUAAAAUAAACACCUUCUAUUACUCGGUUCUGGUUCUGAAUUUAUACACUGCUCUGGGACCGUGGUUUGUAGGUGAACUGAUUGAUGGCCAAGUGGGAGCCUGUUUUUCCUUUGGGGUGUUUGUUGGUGGUUCCUUCUUACGGGGUGGUCUCACAUACGUGGUUGGAAUUUUACAGAUGUUGUUCUUCAAUGUGCCAUUAAUGGCCUAUCUGUGCUGGUGCCUUUUCCUGCGGUGCAAAGGUCACAGUUUCUGUUCUCAUAUACAUCACGUCCGACGCCUCUUGGUUGUGCUUAUUCAUCUAGCAAUGACACUCCUGCUGGCCUGGCAGGUCUAUUCUUGCUAUUUCUUGCAGCGAACCUAUGGGACCUUGGCUUUUGUCCUCUCCCCCAUGAGAACAUGGUUGGUGCCCCUGACCUCCUUUCUGAUUUUUAAAACAUGGACCUUUCAAUCAUCUGAGCUCAGAACUUACAUAAUAGAAAUGAAAAACUGUCAGAGCUUCUGAAAUACAAUACAAUAGUCAAAGGUUCUUCAACUUCAGAUGCAACCUACUGUUUUGUGUUGCUGGAAUUCUGUACGGACCAGCCAUGUAGUGGUAAGAUCUGAAGCUGCACCUCCAUUGCUGCAUAGCUGUAGUAAAUGUAUAACAGUAUGUAUUAUAUACAUGUAUUAUACAGUAUGCUGCAUAUGUAUAAUACAGCACGUUAUAUAAUACUAUGAUACAUUAAUACAGUGUGCAGUAAAUUGUGUAGUAAUCUCUAGUAUGUUUUUAUGAUACAAAGCAGGUAUGUCUGUAUGGAUCACCAGUGGAAAUGUUUACUUGUUACUACUUUAAAUGGAAAAUAUUUUUAAUUCAUAAAUUCUUUAUUUAUUUUUUUUAUAAUGCUGGGGAAAAAUGUGACCAGAUCUUGAUAACAAGCUCCAGGAUUUGUGUGUAACUGUGCUUUUUAUUUCAAGAUUUGUAUAAAUUUUAAGAGGAUUAGACCAGAUGUCAUGAUAAAGUAAUAUUUAUUACAAAAGUUCUGUAUGGCCUUCACUGUAAGAGUCCAGUGCUUACACAUACUUUUCAGUUCAUAAUAGUCUAUAGGAGUUCUUUAUAGGUUGCUGGGUGUUUAAGUCUAUAUUUGUGUGUGUGCUCACCUGAGCCAUGGUCCUAACCUUAUUCUGCGAGUGCUGGUUAAUUAAAGUGCUCUUUCUCUGAAGGGAAAUAGUUGUUUUCCACUGUUGAGGUUGCUGAUUUUCCCACAGUUAGCUAUUGAAAGGACAGUGAAUCAUCACCUCUGGAAUUCACAGUUGUAGUCAAAAGUUCAGCUUUAAAACAAAGAAUGGAGAAAACUGUCUCAGGUUGGAAGAUCCAAAAGGAAUCUCUUGGUCUAGUGGCUGUGUCCUCACUAAGUGAAAGGAGUCAGGGCUGUGUUUCUGGAUCUCAGUGCCACCAAGUGACCUGGAAAACUCAUUAUUUUUGUUUUUCCAUGUCUAAAAAUGAUGAAAUAGUUGUAUUUUUGGAAAAACUUGAGAGCCAAAGGAGCUGAGUUGACUUUACUAAUUACAAACCUGUUCUGCCCUUCUUCUUAGCCCCUCUGGGAAACACAGGAGUAUUCUUCUACAAUAUGGCAAAACAUGAGAUCCUUAAUUCUAGUAAUGGUUCUUUGUUAUACCUUAAGGUGAUUGCUAAGCUUCCUGCCUCAGUUUCCCUAUCUUUAAAGUAAGGCGAACACUGGCCUGCUUCAUAAGACUGCUGUAAGUGGAACGUUCAAAGUAGUUAUGUGUUUUUUACAGUAAUUUAUUUAUGGUUUGUCCAGAAAAAGGAGAAUAACUUAUGUCACCUUAGAAAAGAUAGUAACUGUACUAUAGAAAUAUGAGAAAACAAUAAAUUGAAUCAGAAGAAAAUGCUACUUAAAACUAAAACUUGUUAUCGCUAAAAUAAGAGCCUUUCUAUUCCUUAAUUCCCAUUCCUCUGUGAUUGACAAUACAGCAGGAAAAAGACAUUAGCAGCCCUCAUUUGUGUAAAUUAAAUACCCUAUUAAGAGAAUGCUGUGCUUACCACAAUGUCAUUGGCUGCUAUGAAAGUGUUUUCCAAAACUGUUAGAAAAUCAGAAAGGCAGGGCUCAACAUUUACUUGUAAGAAACAAUGGUGGAAAUGUAAUGACCAAUGUGACAUUUUACAGUGUUGCUAGAAAUGCAAGUACUUUUAUUUGAUCUGAGAGCACAUGAAUGGCAAUAAAAUGCUUCAUACCUUAUA